CACACACACACACACACACACACACACACACACACACACACACACACACACACCAGCCUCCUCCUCCCUCUCCCCUUUGCUGCUUCUAUAAUUCAGAUUCUGUCAUGCUUGUUCCAGACUGCUGGCUCCAGCCCCCCACCGCCUCCCUCCUCUUCCUCCUCUUCCUCCUCUUCCUCCUCCUCUUUCUCUCCUGGAGAAAAAAAAGAGAAAAGCUUUGGAGAGAAAGAAAAAAAGCUCUUUGAGGGACAAAGCUGACAGAACCGCACACAGACAAACACAGCGAGAGAAAACUAAACGGAAAAUGUUGAAGCUCUCUCUCUCUUUUUCUCUCUGUCUCUCUCUCUCUCUCUCUCUUUUUCUCUCUCUCUCUUUUUCUCUCUGUCUCUCUCUCUCUCUCUCUCUUUUUCUCUCUCUCUCUUUUUCUCUCUGUCUCUCUCUCUCCAUUCCUCCUACUCAUCAGAUUCUGAAUUUUAUUCCUGCUUUUCUGGACCGAUUUAACAAACAGGAACUACGUUUCCCAUGAUGCUGCUGGGCUGUUAACGCUGACCUCUGACCUCUGGAGGCUGGUUCAUCUCCAUCCAUGUUCCCCACAGCCUGAUGCUGCCACCACCAUGUUCCACCGUGGGCCCAGCGCAGCAUCGCUGAUCAAACUUGGCCUCAGGACCUCGGAGCGAAACGUUCCCGUCUCCGGUGACUCCAGGUUUUUCCUCGCUCCGCUAUAACAGAGCCUCUAAUCACAGAGAGGAAAACUGGAGCUGCACUGGCCUCUACAGGUUCAGCGCAGGUUACUGCAGUCAGUCCGCGGGGCUCCUGGUCCGGAACCACCUGCUGGGGCCACAGACGCUUCCUGCUGCCGCGGCGCCGCCCUCACCUGCCGGACGUCCCGGCUGUGACGGUGAGCAGGAGGCAGACCCCUUGAUGCGUUCAGGCUCCGGUCAGGAUGUCAAGAUGUAGAUUCGUCACUUCCCUCUGAACGCAGAAACGUUUCCAGGAAGAGAGGAACCACUUCCGGUCUAACAUUCCUGCCGUUUCCUGGACCAAACACACAUUUCCUGUCAAAUCACGUCAUCCGUAAAUUAACAGAGUUAAAAUACAAACCAUUUAGCGCGAGAGUAUUAAUAUUUCAUAAUCUUCCUCCAGAUCCUCUGAGUUUCCUCAACUUUUCUCUCCGGAUCUCAGAUCAAGUUUCCCUGAAAUCCGUCGAUCCUGUCAGGCUGGAUUUGAAUAGUUCAGAGGAGCCGCAAGCCGCUGAUUGGUCCGCAGGGAGCGCUGCUUUGAGCGCGCGGCUGUCUGUCAGCGGAACGCUGGCCGCUGAUUGGCCGGUUGCCGCGGCGGGGGGGGCAGGGGGGGGCUCAGUGCGGGGUAUAAACGCAGCCUCAGCCUCCUGAGCGGCUGGAAUUGACUGCUGGUCCUCAGCGGCGCCGCGGCGUCUCCGAUGUUUCCACUCGCAGCUGACUGGAGCAGCUCAGCCAGAACCGAGCCCGAGCAGUGACAGGCGGUUCCGGAGCCGGAUGGAGGUGGACCGCGGCGCCAUGGACUGCGCCGUGGACGCGCAGAGCCUGAUCUCCAUGUCCCUGAUGAAGAUCCACAGCUCCAGGACGCAGCGCGGCGGCAUCAAGCUGCACAAGAACCUGCUGGUGUCCUACGUGCUGCGCAACGCGCGCCAGCUCUACAUCAGGGAGAAGUACGCGGAGAUCUACCGGAUGCAGCAGUACGAGGAGGUGAUGGCGGUGUGCAGCGGGAUCCAGGAGCUGGAGCCGCUGGAGCCGCUGGAGCCGCUGGAGCCGCAGGGCGCGGAGGACGCGGAGCCGGAGCAGCCGGGACGCGCCGCGGGCUGCGGGGACGAGAGCCGGGCGGCGGGCGGCCGGGAGCCGCCGGAGCCGCCGUACUACCGGAGCUGCUGCAUGGAGGACCAGUUCUCCCAGAACUGCAACAAAACCACCGUGCUGGACCUGGACACGCACGUGGUGACCACGGUGGAGAACGGCUUCCUGCACCAGGACUGCUGCUGCGCCGCCGCCGCCGCGCCGCAGUGCGCGCCGGGCGCCGCGGCCAGGAAGCGGAAGGUGGACUCCGCCGGCUGCUCGCCGGACGCGGAGGAGCCGUCGGACUACACGGCGGGGCGGAAGCGGUUGAAACGGGAGGAGUGCUCCGGCGCGGACGCCUCCAACAUCUCCAACCUGAUCUCCAUCUUCGGCUCCGGCUUCUCGGGGCUCCUGAGCCGCCAGGCCGACCUGGAGCAGGUCUGCAGCAAGCAGGCGCUGGCCAGCCUGGGCGCCUGGACCCGGGCCAUCGUGGCGUUCUGAGCCGCCGCUUCGUGACGACGGACGGACCGUUUCGUACCAUGUCCGACGCGCUGAUUUUGUAACAUUUUUAUUUCGUCAUAAAUGUUCCGAUGUUCGGUUGGUUCUGAUCUGGUUCGGUUCGGCAGAAUCAGCUGUUUCAUGCCCGGGUACGAAACGGAACGAGCACGACGGAAGGGAGACCGGGCUCAGCUGUUCUGUGUGGGAACUUUUCAGAGGCGGCUCCAGAGUUUACAAGGUGGGGGACCCGGGGCCCCUGGGGGGGCCGGGGGUCGUUUUGCACAUCCUCCACUCUUCUUCUUCUUCUUCUUCUUCUUCUUCUUCUUCUUCUGCGCCCCAUUUCUAUAGUUACACAGUAAAACAUGAGCAGCAAUAAUUUGGUUCAUUUUAAACCAAAUAAAGAGAAAAAUGUGGAUAGUCAUGUUUUCACCGCCUCAUUCCUACAUUUAUAAACGUCAGAAUUUUAAACUGAAUAUUAAAUCAACAAGCUGAAUAUUUAACUUUCAAAUAAAACUUUCAGUUUUUGAACUGGAUAUUCACCUCCAAAUUAAAUAUUUAGCCAUAUUUUCAUCAAGUUAUUCCUACAUUUAUGUCAAAGUUGCAAACUGAAUAUUUACAAACUAAACGUAGGAACAACAUGGCGUCAUUGUUGGCGUUUUGCUGUGUGGCUGUAGACAUGUCUGCUGAUCCGACAGGAAGUGACACGUUUGCAGGUUUCAGGCCGAGUCGGCCAUCUUGUUUCGCCUGACAUCAGCAGAUCCAGUCCGGUCCAGGUUUUACCUCAGAGCAGUGGGUCUCAACGGAACCAGGAAGUGGAGGAUGCAGCUGAGCCUGGCCUCUGAACUGGGUCAGAACUGGGUCAGAACUGCGUCAGUACCUGGUCAGAACCGGGUCAGAACUCCUGUUGCCUCACCCCUGAGGCUCGCUGAGCGUUUUCAGCAGCGUGUUGGAGAAACAGACUCCGGAUCUGAAACGUGGUUUUGUUUCCAUCAUGGCCGCCGUUCUGCAGAGUGCCGGCUCGGUUCCGUGGAUCCGAACGUUGUGGGAACGGAUCAGAACUCGUCCUUUUGUUUUAGAAAGGGAAGCUCCUGGUUUCAGCUCCGCCCAGCUUUAUGAGCACUAUGUGUACCAAACGGAGAACUCAGCCAGUCUCCACAUAUUUUCUUUUCUUAUUCUUGUAUUUUUGUGCUUGAUAAAUUGUUUAUCUCCGGGUCAAACUGUUCAAGAAAGUAUUUGUUAAAAAAUUUAUAAUCUUAAUAAAAAAUAAAAUUGAA